UACCUAGGAUGGCUUGAGGACUUCAACACGGGGUUCAGAAAGAAGAAGUGGACAGGACGGUGAUAUUACAACAGAGGGGAGGAGGACAAAAAAAAAGAGAAAGGAAAGCCACGUCUCGUGAGAACCACUUCUUCACCAUGACUGUUCCUACGGCAAAGAAGAUACUGAUGGUGCCUAUGGUGGUUGUGGCGUUUUUGUCUCCAUGCCUUGGGAUGAGCAACGAAGUGGAUUAUGGGAACUGGAACUACAGAGAAGGAGCGGAGAAUGUGAACGUGGCUAACAUACGCAGCGUGACUCGAGUGCUGGACGCCUGGGGCAAACGCAUAUUCAAAGAUAUCAAGACUCUCUUACACUCACAGCCCAAUGCCCUUCUGCCAGACUACUCCAGGGUUCGUCCUCUCUCGGAGUCCCUAAAUGAUCUCUUCAGAGAAGUCUCCCACUUACAGAGGCGCAUCACAGACCUUAACAAUCGCCUAGCAACCCUGGAACCCUUCCUCCGUCAUCAUGGCUACCGAGAGGAGGGUGAGGAAGGAGGAGAUGGCAAGGAACUGGCUCCUCAGAGUGUGAAAGGAAUGGGACAGAGUCAAACAAAGUAUCCACGGCGGUACAUGGUUCGAGUAGUCCGUCCUGUGAAGAGGGUGGUGAGAACCAGACGAGUGAAAGUGUUUAAAAAUGCAAACGGAAGGGUCAAAGCAAGUGAAAGUGAGAGGUAGAGGCAGGUAAAAGAUUUGCAAAUAUUAUAAUCAAACAUAUUAAUGUUAUUCAUUAAAUACCCUUUAUACUGGGGAUAAAACAAUUCACAUAUAGACAUGUUAGUAUACUAUAUAAACCUACAUUCGUCAUCUUUUGUCUGUAUUCCUUCAUGUUUGGGUCUCAAAGGUGCGAUUAAAGUUCCCUGGCAGAAAGACAAAUGUUGGGAAUGUGGAUUGUGGAAAACCUUCCCAGCAGGAUAAUGAAAAAAACAACAACCUUGAGAGUAAAAACAGACACUCUAGCUUUUUCCAAACAAAGCUAAAGCUAUACAAUCAGUUAUUAUUUUCUGUGGAGAAUCUUUAGUUGAAUCUUUUGUAUACAGAGCCAUUUGUGUGACCGGAAUAAAAUCAGGUGAAUAAAUUCUCAUACUUUAAAAUAUAA